AACUGACAAAAUCAGUUCAUUAUUUUUCGUAAGAAAGUUUAAUGCUGAAGCAGCAAUAGUUAAUGUGAUAUUGUUAAUUAAAAAUAUUUGUAUAAGUGUUUAAAUAUAAAAUAAAAUUGAGAAGGUGGUAAAAUAUCUUCAAAUCCCUACGGAAGCAUAUGUGUGUAAACUUUAUUUUUUGAAUUUUUUUUCCAUAUAUGUAAAUAUAUAAAGUUGAGUUAUUUUCAAAGCUCUUAUUUUCUUUUCGGUCCUUAUAGUUUUAAAUAUUGUAAUUAAUUAUUACUGAAAACUGGGUGUAGGAUAUUUUCUAUAUAUGUAAAUAUGUCAAUAUUAGGCAUUAGUUAUAUUUAUUUAUUUAUUUUAAAUAUUUGCUGUCCACAGCUUUAUUAUAUGUGAAUGUGAUAUUUUGUUUAUAAAAUUUAAAGUUUUUUCUUAUAUGAUGAAUUUUUUAUAUAUUUAUAUUAUUUGUGAAUUUUGGAAAUUAUUGUGAUUUUAAUUUGUACCUAUAUGGGUGAUAUAGGCCUACGGGGGAACCGAGCACCCAAAACUAACUUCGGUAAUUCGCCUUUUGUAUACCUCAGCGGUUGUGUGGAAAUUACAAAUUCCCAAAAAAUGUAAUAAAAAUUCCCUAACUUAUUUCUUUCCACAGUGGCACCACUGUCAAAUGUUAUAAAAAAUGUGGACUUUUACAGCGCUCUCUCGAUUCAAAGAGUUUCGGAUCAUAUUAUCCAUGUUGUAUACAACAAUGACAGAUAAGAUAUAGACGAGCAGCUGCUUCCUAUACCUGAGGCGCGCUGACCCUUCUAUACCUGACUUUGAGCUCACACUUUCCAAAGGCUGUAUCUCCGAAACUAUUUUUCGGAUCGGCUUGAAAACUUAUGAUACAAUUUUUGAGAUGCUGUAGAAAUUAAUGAGCCAGACAAAUCGAUAUUUUAAACCCACGAGAACCAUGUAACCCCUUAAAUCAACUGUACCUAUUUAUUAAAGUAAAAAUUAUGCAACCAAGUGUAGUUUUACGAUUGGGGCAGCACUUACACUUUUGACAUGCGGCUUGUCAAAUUGAAUUUUUUACUGUAUCUGACGCUUGUCCACAUUGUAGUUUUCAAUUGUUUUGCUUUUUCUAUGAUAAUCUAAUAAUUUCACGUAAAAAGUAAUAUAUUCAAUAUUACACUAAAGUGUUAGUAAAAAUAGUGUCACAUAUACUUUAGAAAAAAUAUAGACAUGGUGAAACUAACGCCGGAGCUUGUUAAUCAGUCAAUGCAAUAUAUAAAUCCAUGCCGGGAGCGAGAAUUGGAUUUGCGCGGUUACAAAAUUCCACAGAUUGAAAAUUUAGGAGCCACAUUAGAUCAAUUUGAUACAAUAGACCUUUCCGACAAUGAUUUGCGUAAAUUGGAUGGCAUACCUUUUUUGCCUCGCCUAAAAUGCCUGAUACUUAAUAAUAAUCGUAUCCUGCGUAUUGGCGAGGGCUUACAUGAAACAGUACCCAAUUUAAAUUCAGUUAUCUUGACUGGAAAUAAUCUACAAGAAUUAAGUGAUCUGGAGCCACUUGCUUUGCUACCUCGUCUUGAAACGCUUUGCUUACUAGUAAAUCCUGUUUCAACAAAACCCUAUUACCGCGAGUACAUGGCGUUCAAGUUUCCUCAACUGCGUCUACUAGAUUUUAGGAAGAUCAAACGGAAGGACCGUAUUGAAGCGCAAGAAUAUUUCCGAACAAAACAAGGUAAAGAUAUGCUGAAGGAAGUGGCAAAGAAAUCGAAAUUAAAUGCCUCAACCGCUGCUGCUGAAGUAGGUGGCAAGUCUGGAAUAAAUGUAGCAGCAAGAACUGCCAAUCCUGAAGACUUGCAACGUAUAAGAGACGCGAUAAAGCGCGCAAACUCACUACAAGAGGUGGAACGGCUAUCACGUAUACUUCAAAGUGGACAACUGCCCGAAAAUUUUGAACUGGAAUUGAGUCUAAAUGGUGCGACGCUGAAUGGUAACGCGACUGGUGGUAGUAAUAGUGUUGAAACUAUGGAUUAUUAAGUUAAGCCUUGCUUAUAGUUGAUUUAAAAUAAUUUUUUCUUUACAAUUUUAUGAAGAUUUAUAAUAAAAAAUGAAUUGAAAACAAGAACAAGUUUUAAGAACUAACGGUA